AUCCAAUACAGAACAGUCUCGUGCGCGCGUGCUCUGUUUUUCGGCUUGUUUUCUUCGAAUGUCUGGAGACCAACCUGCCGCGUAUGUGCCCCUGUAUUCUUUUCAUAAUUUUUCGAAUAGGCUUCAUCCACCAGUCCUCUGGGCUCAGAGGAAUGACUGCUUAUACGUGACGAUAUCUCUUGGUGACGUUAAAGAUAAGGUGCUUGACCUCAAAGAUGGAUCCCUCCGAUUUAAGUGAGUUCUCUUCGUGUUAACCACGUUUCCUUAGAGGGAAAUCAGGCACCCCGACUCCACAGGAGUAUGGUAUUGAACUUGAAUUCUACGGUCAGGUUGAUCCGGAAGUAAGUUCGAAAUAAGUGAAUUCCAAUUCGUAGGCUUCUCGGCAAAUGUCCACUGACAGGGAAAUUGUGAUGUACAUUAAGAAGAAAGAACCAGGUUCCUGGCCACGGUUACUGUCAAACAUCAAGAAAGCUCCCUGGCUCAAAGUAGACUUCAACCGGUGGGUCGAUGAAAAUGAUUCGGAGCCUGAAUUCGGUGGAAUGGAUAACAACUUUUCAAGCAUGCUCUCGCAGAUGUCUAAUUUCAAUGACUAUGGAGGCGACGACGCGGAUAUUGACUCAGAUGAUGAUGAUCUUCCUGAUUUAGAACCACCCACCAAAGCCACAUCGGAAACUGCAGAUCAUCCCAACGGAAAGACUGAAGAGGAGGAUGAAGAAGAAAAAGAGCCAGUGGUGCAGGAAGCCUGAGACCCGUUUCACUAUCCUGUUCAUUCAUCUUUUGACAUGUUUGUAUAGGGAUGCAUUUUACAACACCCUUGCCACGUACUUGCGCGCAUCUUCUCUAUUUGUUCUGAGACGUCCAAGGGCGGAUAAUCCACUUCGAUUCCGACU